AUGGCAACACAUAGAGGUCGAGAUUAUCCCGAUGAUGAUGAUAGAGAUCGUCGAUCAUCUAAACGUCCCCGUCCAAGUCGUGCAGAUGAAAGUUCAUCCGACCCUUCUCAACGUCGAUCAUAUUCAACAACUGGAGUAGAAGAAAAACCGUCAACGUCUUCGACUCAAGCAAGUACAACCACUGAACCUGUUUCAACUUCUGCCGUACCAAAGACUUCAUCAGAUAUCGAAGGUGAUACAAAAAAACGUGCACGUUCAUUUGUUCGCCCACUAUUGCGUUCUGCUGUCCCAGAUUCCCAAUUAAUAUCACUUGCACGACGACCAGCACAACCUGGACGUGUUGGUCAACGAAUUGAGGUUUAUACAAAUCAUUUUAAAAUUGAAUUUUUAAAUAUAACUGAAGGAAUUAUACUUUAUCAAUUUGAUGUUGAUGUUGAAAUUUUAAUGCGUGAUGGUUCAUGGCGUCCAGCGAAAAAAGAUGAACGUUUUCAAGUUAUGAGAAAAAUUAUUGAACGAGAACAAUUUCCACUUGUUUGGUAUGAUGAAGGAAAAAAUUUAUAUUCAACACAAAAUUUAACUUUAACAUUAAAAAAAGAAUAUGAAUGUGAAAUAGUACAUAAAAAAACAGGUCGAACAAAUCGUUUUCGUUUUUUACUUAUUAAUCUUGUUAAAACUUAUGAUUUAAAAACAAUAUUUGAUUUUAUUCAACGAAGAAUUCAUGUACGUCCACAUGAUUCUGUUAGAAUAUUAGAAACUUUAUUUAAACAAACACAAAGAGCUGAAAUGAUUACUAUUAAAAAUCAAUCAUAUCCAAAAAAUCAAAAAUUAGAUGAUCUUGGUGAUGGUCGUGGUUUAGCAGCAGGAUUUUAUCAAGCAAUUGUACUUGGUGAACGUGGCCCAACACUGAAUAUUAAUAAUAAUUUUUGUUGUUUUUAUCAAAAUUAUAAUUUAGUUGAAUUUAUUUCCUGUUAUUUAGGUCAAGAUGUUAGAAGAAAUGGUAUUUCACCAAAAGAUCAACCAUUAUUAGUACGUAAAAUUUUAAAAUCUCUUUGGUUUGCAACAACACAUACAAAUCAAAUUCGAAAAUAUCGUUUAAAAUCAUUUGGUCUUUCAUCAAAUGAACAUACAUUUUCUAAAGAUCAGGGUGAACAUCAAGGUGAACAAAUUAAUGUUACUGAUUAUUUUCAAGAAAAAUGGAAUAUUCGUUUACGUCAUCCACAAUUACCUGUUGUUGAAUUAUUUAAUCCAGCUGAUAAAAAUAAAUCACAUUUUUUACCAAUGGAAUUAGUUACUGUUGAUGAAUGGCAACGAAGUUUAAAACCUUUAACAACUGAUCAACGAGCGAAAGUAACAAAAAAAACUGUUGUUAAACCAGGUGAACGUUUUGGAAUGAUUCGACGUGUUGCUGAUGAAUGUCAUUUUGAUCAAGAUGCUUAUUUACAAAAAAUUGGUAUUAAAAUUCAUACUAAUGAUAUGUUAAUGAUACCUGCAAGAGUUUUAGCACCGCCUGAAAUAAAAUAUAAAUCAGCACAAGGUGAUCAACGUGAUAUUAUUGAAAGAGUACAAAUUGGUAAAUGGUAUUUAAAUAAUCAUUUUAAUAAAGCACGUGAAAUACGUGCAUGGGCUCUUGUUCUUGUUAGUCAAAAAGAACCUGAUGCAAGACAAGUUGGUUUAGCUAGAGAUUUUGCAAGUAAAAUUCCACAGGCAAUGUCGAAAUAUGGUAUUCGAUUUAAUUCAGCAGCUAUUGAAAAAUCAGAUGCUGCUGUACCUGAUAUAAUUUUAGCUCGAAUGAAUGAACUUAAAAUGUUAGGUUGUGAAGUUAUCAUUUAUAUUCUUAAUCAAGUUGGUGAUGAUAUUUAUCAUGUUAUUAAAUUUUUCGGAAAUAUUAAACUUGGUAUGGUAACUCAAUGUACACGUUUUGAUAAACUUAUGGCGAAUAGUGAACCACGUAAAAUGGAUAUGUAUAUUCAAAAUUUGGUACAAAAAUUUAAUGCAAAACUAGGUGGUAUUAAUCAAUUAGUUUCAUUAAUGCGUGCAUUAACUUCUCCAUCACCUCGUACAGAUAUUUUUAUGUUUUUUGGUAUUGAUUGUACUCAUGUAACAUGUUCACGUGAACGACCAUCAAUUGCUGCUGUUAUUGGAUCAAAAGAUUCGACAAGUACACAAUAUGCUGGUCGUGUUGUUCAACAAUAUUCUCCGAAAGGAAAAAUAGCAGUUGAAAUAAUAAAAGAUCUUCAUAUUUAUGUCGGAGAAUUAUUACGUGAAUUUUCUAAUCAUAAUACACGUUUACCAAAUAAACUUGUUUUUUAUCGUGCCGGUGUUGAUGAUGGAUCAUUUCAAAAAGUACUUGAUAAUGAAGUACGAGCUAUUCAACGAGCAUGUAAAGAACUUUAUGGUCAUAAUGAAUUACCAAAAAUUUGUUUUGCUAUUGUUAAAAAACGUCAUAACACUCGAUUUUUUACUUGGGAUAAACAAACAAAUCAAACAAAUAAUAUUCAACCAGGCACAGUUAUUGAUACAGAUAUUGUUACACCUAAUGGAUUUGAUUUUUAUCUUAAUUCUCAUGCAGCUAUUCAAGGUACAUCAAGACCAAUGCUUUAUAAUGUUUUAUAUGAUGAUAUUGGUUUUACACCAGACGAAAUUCAACAAUUAACAUAUUAUUUAUGUCAUACGGAUGUUCGAUGUACGAAAUCUGUAUCUGUUCCCGCACCUGUUCAUUAUGCAACACUUUGUGUAUCUCGUGGUCUUAAUCUUGAUUAUGAAGGACAAAUGUCUAGUGAACAACGAAGUAUUGCUGCUUCUGAUAUUGAAGAAGGACUUAUAGAUGAAAAUGUUGUUGUAACAUUAGAUGAUGUUCAAACAAUAAAAAUUGACUUUAAUCCAUCAAUUGAGAAUACAAUGUGGUUUGCAUAA